CUUAUAAAUACCCUCGCUGGAAAUUGUAGUCUCACAGAGCGGAAGAUUUAAUAGCGCACCGAGAACCAUCAAUCGUUAUUCUUCCGCCAUGAACUCCUUUUGGAUGAUCAUGAUUUCCAGCUGCCUCCUACUCUGGGCAGGAAAAGGCCGAUCCCAGCAGUUAAUAAAUCUGAGGCCUGUCGAUUCACUCGGAGCUGAUCACCACCACAUUUGGCAGAUUUUGAGUCAGACCGCCGAGAAACUGGACGACCAGUUCGGUGUUCGAUACGACGCACUGUCGGCCGUUCAAACAAUUUUUUUGGCCCUCAAGUCUUCCGCUUUCCCGACCGCCGUGGCCAAAAACAUCAGCCAGCAAUGUCUAGAAGACAGCCAGCUCUACGUCCGCAACCUCUACGCCAACCGGAGCCUCUGGGCCUUGCAGAUGUUUGAGUCAACGGGACAACUCCCACCGGGAUUGUUUGGAGCCGGCAAUUUUCACGCGGACGGAUUGUUCGACGAAUGCCAGGCCGUUCGCGCUCCGGUCUUUAGCGGAAAAUAUUGCAGCGUCUAUUUCAAGCCGGAACUGGUCGACCAAUCAGAAAUCAUUCCUCCUCCUUCUCCACCAUCCUACAAUGAGGAAGGGCGUGGCAAUUUCAUCACGAUUUUCCAAAUCCUUGGGAUACUAGGACAGCUAUCGGGAGCGGGUCGAGUGGAACCCAAGUUGGCCGGCAUCAAUUCCGCCACUUACAUCUUGCCCAGCAUCAGUUUCUGCCUACCGUCGUCGUGCAGCUCAGGUGAUCUCGGCCAAGCCGUCGCCCAACUGGUCGGCAGUUACGUCAUCGGCAACUAUUCCAUCGCGACCGUGACGGAUGAGCAGUACUGCUUCACCGAUCAAAUCGAUCCGCCAUCUUUCGACGGCCCGGACAUCGCCGUCAUUGUCGUUUUGAGUUCCAUCGGACUAUUGGUCAUGUCUGCCACCAUUCACGAAGCCUGGCGGAUGUACUGCGGGACCGGAUUCGACGCCGAGACGGACGGCCAAGCUUUAAACGCCCUUCACUGUUUUUCGGCGCUGAGUAACGGUCGUAAAAUCCUGUCGAUGAAAAUGACGUCGUCAUCGGGCGACAAUUUCGGAUGCAUUCACGGAAUUCGUCUCUUCUCCACCGUGUGGGUCGUCGUCGGCCACACCUGGAUUCUCUGCGCCUACAAAACUAUGAAUCCACGAGCAGUUAUAACGGAUUCUUAUAGUUGGGGCAUGCAAUCCAUCGCCAACGGCACAGUUUCCGUCGACACCUUUUUCUUGAUGAGCGGAUUGCUUGUUUCGUUCCUCCUGCUCCGCGAGCUGGACCGCACCAAAGGCAAAUUCAACAUCGGCCUCUACUACCUGCACCGCUAUCUGAGAUUGACGCCCGUGUACGCCGUCAUCCUCGGCUACAUUGCGACGCUGAUGGUCUACUCCGGGACCGGACCCAAUUGGUACAGCGUCACUCUCGUAUCGCAAGGAUGCCGCAUCACUUGGUGGAGACACUUUCUUUACAUUAAUAAUUUUUUCCCUAUGGACCCUGAAGUUCAGUGUAUGGGCCAGACUUGGUACCUGGACGUGGACAUGCAACUCUUUAUCGUCGCUCCGCUUUUCAUUUAUCCGCUUUGGCGCUGGAGGAAAUUCGGGCUAGCCGGAUUGGCCUUUGUUGGAUUGGCCUGUCAGGCAGCUGUUUUCGCCCUUUACGCCAUUUACGACCUCCCGCCAACCUUAUUCUUCACGCGCCUUGGUGAUUUGGCCUCUUCAAAUGAUUAUUUCGAACACUAUUACGUCGAUCCGUGGGCUAGAGCGCCCGUCUACCUGGUGGGCAUUUGGUUCGGCUGGUAUUUGCACGUCACUAAAGAAUCAUCGAUUCGACUAUCAAAACCUGUUGUAGCCUUGGCAUGGACACUGUCGACAGCUGCUGGCCUAGCGAUUGUUUACGGCAUGACGCCCUACGUCGACGAGUCCAAAGUGCCCGAAAUUAGUUCGGCCGUCAGUAUGACGUACGGGCCUCUUCAUCGAACCGCUUGGGCUUUCGUCAUUGGCUGGAUCAUCUUCGCCUGCUCCCGCGGCUACGGAGGUUUUGUCAAUCGCUUUCUGUCGUGGAAGGGAUUCAUGCCGCUCGGUCGGCUGACAUAUUGCGUUUACCUCGUCCACUACGAUUUCCUGACCGUCUUCACUUCCGCCGUGCGGAAGCAGUACUACUACACCCUGUUCGGAACGGUCGUCACUUGUUUCGGCGUCCUGGUCUUCUGCUUCGCCCUGGCGUUUCUGGCGUCCGUCACGAUCGAGGCUUCAUUUUUGAAUUUGGAGAAGUUGCUAUUUUCUUCAACGAAACCCAAAAGUAAAAAGUAAAUUUUCCAUAAGGCAGUUGAUGGACACAUGUUGUUACUUAAUAUUUUAUUGGAUAUUUAAC